CUUCAAUGAGAAUGAUGAUCCAAUCAAGAUGAAUAAGAAGAAAAUUGACAACUUGCCGAUGGAUGAAAAAGCUUAUAGUGAUGAAAUAGUUGAGAAUGAGGCAAUGAUUAAUUUAGAUAGUCUAGAGAAGAAUUUAAAGGAAGAUAUUAGUA